AAACAAGGUUGCGUUCUCAGCACGUGAUUGAGUAUUUGAGUUGGGUUGAGACCUGAGGGUUGCCUCCGCUUCGAUGUACAGAGUUAGCGGCAGAGUUUCACCACUUCCGCAGAGCUCGAUGAUCAUAAACCUAGCAGCCGACGACGACGACGCUUCAGAACCAAAUCCCACCACUGGCUACGCAAAUGGCACAACAAAGAAGAAAGCCAUUUCGGUCGAAGACUACUUCUCCAGGACCACCAAACGUCAGCGCAAGUUCACGGGAACAUCGAAAAUUGUGCCCGUCAUCGAUCUCACCGGAAGAACCCUAGAUGUUUCAGGAGAAUCCAUUAUCGACCUCACCCGGGAUGAUGACUUUCAUAUUUUCAAAGCAAAAUCCAAGGCGUCGUCGUCAAGGUUAAAGCCCCAAACCCACCGUACGAAUUCGAAACCGUUAAUUAUAGAACUUGAUGAUGAUGACGAUGUUGUCGCGGCCAUGACAUUCAUAUGCCAAAUAUGCUUUGACGAGAAGCAAAUGAGCAAAAAUUUCAGAGUCAUGGGGUGCAAUCACUCCUACUGUUCCGAUUGCAUUUCAAAGUAUGUGGCUUCAAAGCUCGAAGAGAACAUCUCGCUAAUCAAUUGUCCCAAUCCAGGGUGCAAGGGGAGUUUGGAGCCUCCCCAUUGUGCUUCAAUUUUGCCACGAAAAGUUUUCAAUCGAUGGGGGGACGCCUUAUGCGAGGCGUUGCUUUCGGCUUCUGAGAAGUUCUAUUGCCCCUUCAAGGAUUGUUCCGCUCUUUUGCUCGACGAUAAUCAGAAUGUUGUUCAUUCUAAGUGCCCCGAGUGCAGGAGAUUGUUUUGUGCUAGGUGUAAGGUUCCAUGGCAUUCAAACAUUGCUUGCUCUGAGUUUCAGAAGUUGCACAAGGAUGAGAGGGAGAGGGAAGAUAUUCAGCUUAUGAAUUUAGCUAAAGGCAAACAAUGGAAGAGGUGUCCUAAAUGCAGAGCCUAUGUUGAGAGAUCUGCAGGUUGCGCUUUCAUGAUUUGCAGGUGUAGAUGCAAAUUCUGUUACGUAUGUGGAGCUCGCACAAAAGAUCACUUCUGCCGUAACUGUG